AUGCCUGGCGCAGCCUCUUCUCCUGUUUCUUCUGGAUCUUCUGUGCUAAAUGUAUCAGAGGAGAAAACGAAUGGCACGAAGCUAUUACGGCUGCUGGUUGACAGAGGAAGACACGUCCUACGCAAUUUAUUGCACUCUGUCUACCCAAUGGAUAAAUUACAAGUCGUAUUAAACAAUAAUAAGAAAAAGCUUCAACGGCUAAGGUCCGAAGAUGUAAUAUUUGAAAACCAGUGGGAAAUGUUAUUUCCUGCCUCAGGCGAUCCACCGGACUCGAAAACGUUCGACAUUACACUUUUACAUCUAUUACUUCGUGAAAUUUGCCAUCUUACGGCGCCUUCGACGGGAUGGCACAACAUGCCUGCAGAAGAUGAUAAUAGUCUCGAAGCAAACAUAACUCGCAUCAAAUAUUUCCGAAAUGAGCUUUUUCACAGCUUCUCUACCGGAAUUCCAAACGCCGAAUUCGAGUACAAGUGGAAGGAGAUUGCAUCGUUGUUAGAGGCAAUUGAUAUUUAUGUUCUACGAAAGAGGCACGAAGUGGAAAUGGAGGCGCUGAAGAAUGAUCCCACUGGUUACGAUACAAAGCUACAUUUGGAGGAACUAGCAAAAGAAUGGAACAAAAUACAGGAACAAGAAAGGAUUCACUCGUCAAGUUUUAGCCCUCGCAGCUGUCUACCGGACAGAAUACCUGAAAAACGUGUAUUUGGCCGCAACCAAGAAAUAGAGCGUGUCAAGAAAAUGGCCGUGGGUGGAGACGUCGCUGUUGUCCUGGUUACUGGUGGACCUGGAUUUGGAAAGACGACUGUGGCUGAAAGAGUGGCUCAUGAAUUAGCCAAAUCAGAGAAGGAAGCAACUGUGUUGUUUUGUAGUUUACUAACGAAGAAAAAUUUCAAAGAAGUGGCCGAAGAAAUAAUUAACUCGUGUGGUACAAUCAGCAGGCAAGUACCAGAGAAUCCGGGACAGUGGCUAAGAGACUGGAGCAAACGAGUUCGAAACCAGGUCACGUUUGUUCUUGACAAUGCAGAUAGCGUCCUCGAGUCGAGCGAUCGAGAAUCAUUUAUAAGCAUCUUAUCUGACGUAAGAAGGUUAUCGAGGCAAAAGGUAACAUUUGUCGUAACUGCAAGGAAAACAUUUGAGAAUCCUGACUUGCAGUCUUGCGAAGUCAGGUUGGGCCCUUUGUCCGCCGAACAGGCAAGAAAUCUCCUUAUUUCUAGGGUGCAAGUCUAUGAAGAUGCCCCGCAGAACCUUUGCAGGGCAGAAUACAUCGCCAGAAAUCUAUGUGGCUGCGUUCCUAUGGCACUUUACAUUGCUGGAUCCUUGCUAUUAGACUAUUCUGAAGAAACACUCAUAGAGAGCCUCGAAAAGGAACAAUUAGCGGUUUUAGAGGACGACCAAGGAUAUGUUGAAAAGGCCAUAAAGACUUCCUUUGACCUUUUGACGAAACUCGAACAAGAAGCUUUCAUUCUCCUAUCUUUGUUCCAAGGUUCAUUUGAUCUAGAUGCAGUCCAAGCUGUGACGCAGGCGGAAUGUUCGAUCUCGAGCUCCGGCGCUUUACCUAUCACCAUCCUGCGCUCCUUAAAAAACAGAUCUCUUGUGGAGAAGCUCUAUUCGCGCAGAUAUCAGAUGCAUCCGCUCAUUCAGUCAUACGCAAAGAAGAUGGGUCGAGAUAAGUAUGACAAACUUUUGGCAAUGGGCGGAAAACUGGCUUGUGUACACUUCAUGUCGCGCCUCGCGAAGAAUGCUAAUAUUUACUGGAGUAAGGACACAUGCAAGGAUUCCCUUGCAUCAUUUAAAGAAGACAAGUACAAUUUCGAACAUUUUCUUCAAAUUUACGCUCGAGGUAGGGAAGAACAAGAUACAAAGAUCGUGAACGGCUGUGAACUCCUUUUGGACAGUUUCCCUCAGAAAUGCAUGUAUUUGGAAAGAUGUCUUCAUCCAAGGUUCUACACUGAGCUCCUUGAAAGAUUAUUGAAAACUUUUGACUCUGGAAUCCAACCAGUGUGUGUAGUAGAUCUUUUGUGUCUUCUUGGUCAUGAAUACAGGAAAAAAGGAGAACAAGAGAAGUACAAAGAGGUCAUGGAUGAAGCGCAACAAAUUCGUUUGGUGAGUGAUGCUGCAUUUGCGAUGAAACCGUUAUCAGAAGUCUAUUUUCACAACAGCAAUGCUCGCUUCUUUUCUGAUAAAAAAGAUGUUAGAGUGAACAGACGGACUGAAAAGGAGGCUGCACUAGCUGUGAAAAUAUCCAGUGAACUGCUUCAUGAUCACCCGGAAAGAGCAGCUACUCUCCUCCUUUCAGGAAAUAUUACAAAGCGCAGUAAGCAGUUCGAUGCAGCCAAAGAAAUGCUCCAAGAAGCGUUGGAACUCUUUCAAAAGAGCCUUGGGCAACAUUUUAUGACUGCUGAAACCCUGAAGGCCAUUGGAGACCUUUACUUCUUUCUUGAUGGAAAGUCCGAAGUCGACUUUGAAAUCUGCCUUAAGUAUUAUAAAGCUGCUUUGGAAAUGUUCGACGACCUAGGAGUGGGUGAAAGCAAAGAAAGCAUCUUGACGAUAAAGAAUUUUGGAUUGUGUCACAUGAAAAGUGGGAACUUUGACGAGGCAAUGAAUCUACUCUCGAAAGCAGAGCAAAUUGCAGAACGAGAAUUAGAAGAGGAUCACACCUGGAAAGUCUUUAUAAAGACUUCACUGGCCCUCUUGCAUGAGAAUAUGAAUGAAGUUGAGCGGGCGAUAGACGUAAUGCACGAGGGACUGGUGCUGGGCAAGAAAUUGAAUCUAACCAUAUACAGGAUGGGAGAAAGAAAUUUGAUUGGAGAAUUUCUAGGCCGGUAUCCAGGGAAGUUCCCCGAGACUGAAUUCCCAAGUAAGUAAAUAUUGUGUUUAAUAUAGUGCUCGAUGUUCUUGUUAGUUAGCUGUCCCAUAUGAAGCAGCAAUUACAGCUUCUGCCUUACCAUGGAAGGAUAGUUUCAAAAUUAUCCCCACUGUUUGAUAUGAGGAGGGAAGGAUCUUGGCCUUACACUCAAUAAAAUUGCAGAGGUAGCUUAAAAGCACUCAUAAUUGAAUUGGGAACGUAUUAUAGUUUAUAUUUUAAAGCUUCCUCUCUGGGUAAGAACUUAAACAUCCAUAGUAGAAGCCACCUGAUCUGAAUAUCGACAUUCUUUAUGAAUUAACGUGAAAAGAAACUUCUUUUAAUCGCGCGCUUCAUUUUCCUAAAAAAUCCCUCUUACCUCUUUACGAGAUUGCAAGCUAUCAAUCAGAAAUUAUGAUUAAGUUUAGAAGCUUCUGAAGACACAUUUAGGCAUGUCGAGCUUUAAGUAAAGUAUAAGUUAGAGAGAAGUGUUACCCUUGUUAAAUUGCACUGUGAUGAUUCACGGCAUAAUUUAUACUGUGCUGUUAAUCUUUCAGGGAGUGUUGUCAGUCGAACAGGCCAUCGACUCCAACAGCCCCACUGGAAGGGGAAAGCUGGCUUUGGAAGAGGAUGGAAUCAUUGAGAAAACUAAGGAAAAGGGUUGUUACUGA